AUGCUUUCCCUCAAAGCUUUCCUGCUUCUUUCCGUCUCUUGCUUGGCGCAUCUCGCAGCGGCUGGUCCUCUAGAGCAUGCUCAAAUGGAAUCCAGGAAUCUUAUUUGCGCCGUGUCCGGUAUCAAGAAGGGUACCGAUGGAACUCAUCCUGGAGAUGCCUGUACCUGA